AGCCUCACGUGGCAGACAACGUGUUGAACGAUGACAAGCACAAGACAUGGCGGGGAGAAGCUGGUCAACCACAACAUGCCAUCGUCCUUCAAUUGGACAAGGCGAGUCAGAUCACUGGUAUCGACGUCGGCAACUAUGGCGCAGCGUUCAUGGAGGUGCUGGUUGCUCGCAGCGCCAGUGGCAGCUCCGACACGGAGUACAAGACACUGCUGCCAGUGACGAAGUUGAUGUCGCCAUCUGAGAGCAAGGACUGGAUUAACGUGCAGGCGGUGCACAUGUUCGGUGACGAGAAGUUCAACAAGGACACGAGGAAGCAUCGAUGGGACAGUGUACGGGUUGUCCUCCGUCAGCCAUACUGCAAGACUGAGGAGUAUGGACUGACAUUCAUCAAGGUCCACACGGCGGGCGGUGCCACAAGCGGCGGAGCGGCCUCCCCCUCAUCCUCAUCAUCGCCAGCAGCCACAACAUCCUCGGCAACGGCGUCACCAUCAGCUCCGCGCACCCUGGGUCUGUUCAAGCUGCGACGUGAACCGACAACCUCCCUCAGCGCCGGCGGGCUGUUCUUCAAGCGGAAAUCAGACAAGGGCGACACAGCAACAUCAGCCCUCAGAGAGGCGACACGAAGGCAUGAGGAGGAAAAGGCGCGCAGAGCAAAAGACGCCAAGGCAGCGACACCGCCCACACUCCCGCUGACAACAGAUGCGCCCCCGUCUGUCCCACCACCACCAUCGUCAUCGUCAACGUCACCGUCCUGGUCAUCCCGUGCAACCAAGGGGUCGUCCUCCCCACCGACGAAGCGAGACAGAACACCGCCCAUACCCGCAACGCUCCCUCACCCAGCCCACGCGCCAGCCACCAAGCGAGCACCGCCAACACCACCACCAACUAUGACGACAACAACAACAGCAACAACAGCAAAACGAUCGACACCAUCCCCGCCUCGAACGCGCUCACCUCCCCCACCAUCAUCAUCCAAACCACCAGCGCCAAGGACAAAGACAACGGGCCGUGUACGCACGCCACCGCUGCCACGCACCAUGCGCCGUAGCAGCAGCAGCGGUGGUGGUGAUGGUGAUGGCGGUCGAGGUGGAAAGCCAGCGCCGAAGCGAGCAAAGACCGUGCCUGCAAGCACAGCUGACGGUGCCAAGGACAAGAGCAAAAUCUUGAGCGGCGUCGUGUUUGUGCUCAGCGGGUUCCAGAACCCCUUUAGGGCUGAGCUGCGUGACAAAGGGUUGGCCAUGGGGGCAUCAUAUCGCCCGGAUUGGUCCCGCUCCUGCACGCAUCUCAUCAGCGCAUUCGAAAACACCCCAAAGGCCAAGCAGGCCAGGCGGACUGGCGGGCACGUGGUGACAAAGGAGUGGAUUCUACACGCGUACGACCGCAACACGCGCCUCCGGGAAUCAAGCUACACGUUUGAUUCGCGCCCACGGCCACGCUACACGGGGAUGGCGGGCGGAAGCAGCGACGAAGACGACGAGGACAAUGGUGAUGAUGAUGACGAUGAUGAUCUGAGUGAAGUGGACGAUUUCGAUCCAACAACAGCAAUGCUCGAUGACAGCGACGCCGAAUACGAACCACCAGAGAAGGGAGCGGUUGCUCGAACGACGACUACAGAUGACGUGUACGAUGCAGACACGGACGUGGACGAGGAUGAGGUGCAUGACAGCGGAGAUGCUGCGGGCAGUGGCAGCGGCGUUCACAAGGCCGCACCAGCACGCGAUACAACGCGCACCCCUCCGCUCCCCACCGCCGUGUCGGCACCAGACAAGAACGACGACGACGACGACGACGCAGAAGAUGAAGAGCUGCCGUACCUGCCUGAUUUCUUAUCAGGCGUCAACGUCUUCUUCUAUCAGCUUGACAAGCCAAAGCUGUUGAAGGAGCUGACCCGGUACAUGGUGGCUUAUGGUGGCCGCGUGGACGCAUACAUGGCUCCAGAUACUACUCACGUCAUCACAGAGCGCCCCUGGGACGCUGCGUUUGACGAUGCGCUGAAGGACAACCCGCGCCUGGUGUUUGUGCGGCCGUCGUGGCUGCUGCAGUGCCACACAACGCAGGCCAAGGUCGACACCUUCAAGCACCGCAUCAAAAAACGCUGACUCAGGCCCCACACAAAAAAUAAAAUAAAAAAAUAACUGACCGCUCACCUCACAGACAGAAACCGAAAGGAAGAAGGCAAAG